GAAGUUUAUUUUUAUUUUUUUCGAAGUCUAAACCUUCUAAACAGCCGUCUCAGUGCAACACAAAUAAUAAAAAACCUAAACAAACGAAAAUAUUACCAACAACGAAGCCUGCUCGAGCGCUCAAUUCUUGUUCACUCCGUCUAGAUUUGAACAAGAUCUGAGAAGCCAAAUUAAAUAUUAUGGAGUCACUUUGUCGAACGUGCACAGCCCAAAUUAGGGACCAGAAAUGCUCAAUAUCAGUUUUUAGCUACACACAAGAAGGGGAUACAAUAGCAAAUCUGUUGCUUCAAUAUUGUCUGUUGAAGAUUUCAGAACAAGACUCGCUACCAAAAGAGUUAUGUAAAAUCUGCGUGGAAAACCUGUUGACUGUAGUGAGUUUCCGAAGGAAGUGCGUGGAAUCCGAACAAACUUUACGCCAGAUGUUUGAAGAAGAACAAAAUCUACCAAAUUUAAUUGGCUUGGAAUCGAUCGUCAAGCCGAAGAAACUUGAAUACGUAUAUAAUGCGGAUGAUUGCGAGUUACAGAAGAAAGAAGAAAUAAUAGAAUCGGUUGGCUUUGAAACAGAAACUACGCAUUCGUUACUGAUAGCAGAUGAUCUGGAAUAUGAAACGCAACAUUGUAACAAUUACAAUACUAUAGAAAUGAUGAGUUUCCGAUGCUGUAUUUGUGCUACAAUUUUUCACAACGAGGAACAACACAGAGAACAUGUUUUCUUGUCUCAUAAUAUUACCUUUUCAGAAACCCUAUCCGAUAUUGAUUGUACAUAUGUUUGCUGUAUAUGCAAGCAUGUAUUUGCCACUCUAGACGAAUUAAGAAAUCAUCAGGGAAAAAAUUUCAUAGAAUUAUUUCAGUGCAGUAUUUGCAAUGAUAUUUUCGAUACCGUUGAAGGGGUAUCUAAGCACUUAGAAAAACCACAUUCGGCAACACCAGCAAAGGUUCUUAACGCUUUUCCAAAAUCUUUUGGGAAACAAAGCAACGGAACGUUGAAAGACAGAAAAACGAGUGAGCGGUACUGCUGUGUAACCCACUGCCAUGACUGCUUCCCUAGUGAGGAAGAACUGAUAUUCCAUGCACAGCAAAAACAUGCACUUAAACUAAAAUAUAAUAAGGAGAAAAGCUCUUCUAGCAAGCCAUAUCUAUGCCAAGUCUGCUUCCGAACAUUUGGCACAUUGAAAAACCUAAAAGUACAUCAGUUUGUUCGUGCUAAUAACAAACAAAACCGGCACUUUGCUUGUGCACAAUGUACCUUCCGAGCUGCAAGCAGAAACCUGCUUGCAAUUCACGUACGCUCUAAACACAGCGGAGAAAGACCAUUCGAGUGCAGUUAUUGUAAAAAACGAUUUCUUAGCGAACUGCAUCUUAAGAACCAUUUAAUCUGCCAUUCAUCAGAAAGACCAUUUCCUUGUUCGCUUUGUGAAAAAGUCUUUAGCCGUAAACGUAACAUGGAAGAACACAUCCGCUCAUGUCACUCCGAGGAUAAACCGUUUCAUUGUAGCCUAUGCCCAGCCCAGUUUAAAGUACCUCAGCAUUUGCGCAUACAUGCACGAAUUCAUUCCGGAGAAAAGCCAUACAAAUGUUCAUUUUGUGAUAACAGCUAUUAUCACAUUUCGGACCGCAAACGUCAUGAAAUGGUGCACACAGGAGAAAAACCAUAUCACUGUAGUACAUGUGGGGCAGCUUUUACAAGAAAACGAACGCUUAUGAGCCACAAACGCACUCACACCGGCGAACGACCGUUCUGCUGUGCAAUUUGCGGAAAAGGAUUCUGUCAAAAUGCUACUUUGAAAAAGCACGUGGAGCGUCACAGAAGUAACACCGCUAACGACCUUGAGAAAACGGUUUUUUGCGUAGAAGUAUUCGAUGACCAAGGUAAAAAUACUGAAUUUGACAAUAUAACAAAUUUUGGGUAA